UGAAUAAUGACGCACACUCAGAGCCAACGUUUCUCCUCAUUCUCCUCAUCAUAGUCUACGCGUGCAGCUCGCCUGAUAUCUCAGACUCAAUUCACAGUCAUGUACAGACGUCCUUUCAGCAUUCUGAGAAAAAAACCCCACUGUGAACAUACUGUGAGUUGACAGGAGGCGGUGGUUCCCUGGUUUUCCUCGAGACAAACCUAUAAACGUUUCCAAAUACAGAGGGACAUGGAAAGACAACGUAUUGCCUCAAAAAAGAGCAAUCAUCUGAGGAUUUAAUAAAUUAAUUCUAGGAUCUUCAAUGGCGAGAACUAUCUGAGAAGUCAGGCACUAUUUGAAAUCUGGUUCUGUAAGAAAAUGGACGAGUCACCAACAAAGCAUUUGCUCGGCUCUAAAAAGAGAGUCCAAAUCCAUCCCAACACGGUCAUGGUCAAAUACGCCACUCAUUUUCCCCAGCCUGGAGAUGAAGGCUAUGAUGAUGCUCCUUCCUUUGAAGACUUCAGCACAUUUGUUGAGGAGACCUCAGACAGAAAGCAUCUCACUGACAGUAAGUCAGGCAGGACUUUUUUUGGUGCUCUAGACAGUCAGUCCAAAACACCUGGGGAUAAAAAGGAUAAAGGUGUCGGAGGUCAGCUGCAGAGCUUUGGGAAGGCCUCUGUGUUUGCCUCUCGUAAGACAUGGGGCGCUCUAUUCGGGGCGGCUCUUGCCCAUGGCUGUGUGGCUCUCCUCACACGUCUGGCUUCUGACCGCUCUAGGGUCCCAUCACUAGAGCUUCUCUUUAUCCGCUCUGUCAUCCAGGUUUUGUCAAUCACGGUGGUGUUUUACUACCAGGAGUCGCCCUUUGGACCCAAAGGCUACAGACUGCGGCUUUUCUUCUACGGCGUGUGCAAUGUCAUCUCCAUCACAUGUGCAUAUACCUCCUUUGCCAUUGUGCCACCCAGCAAUGGCACCAUCAUGUGGAGAGCCACCACAACGGUUUUCAGCGCUAUACUGGCAUUUUUACUUAUUGACGAGCGACUGGGCCUGACAGAUGUGGUGACUGUGGUCAGUAGUGUCUUUGGUCUUUGCUUGGUCAUGAUCCCCAACAUUGUAGGAGAGCACAGGUCUCUGGGCUUCUGGAAAGAGGCUUUUGGCUACACUAUGACAGUUAUGGCAGGCUUGAUGGCUGCCCUGUCUAUGAUCAUAUACCGAGUAAUCAAAGAGAAGGUGAGUAUGUGGAUGGCACUUUUCACCUUUGGCUGGACAGGAACAGUGUGGGGAGUGUCCACUAUGUUCAUCCUGCAGGAGCCCAUCAUUCCACUGGAUGGAGACACCUGGGGCUACCUUAUCGGCAUCUGCAUCUGCUCUACUGUGGCGUUUCUGGGGGUCUACUAUGCCCUCAAUAAGUUCCAUCCUGCACUUGUUAGCACUGUUCAGCAUGUGGAGAUUGUUGUUGCAAUGCUUCUGCAGCUUAUUGUGCUACAUAUGGUUCCCUCCGUCUAUGACAUCAUUGGGGGGCUCAUCAUCAUCAUCAGUGUUGUUGUGCUGACAGCUGUAAAGCUUUACUGGGUGGGGAAGAGCAAAAGACAAGAGUAUGAAGAAAUCCUUGACUCACCUAUAAAGUGAUUCUUUGUUGAUUAAUGUUUUUAACUUAUUUGUUAUUUUCCUAGGCCUUGAAUUGCUGCUACCCACCUGUGAUUGAGAUUAUUGUGAAUGUCUGAGAAAAAGAUCUAUGUAAAGUUUGUCAUUGAUGAAGUGCUAUUUGUGAAGUUGUAUUUCAUGGCUCUAUUGUGUGACUUAAAAAGAGGUUAUUAAUUCUUUUUGCCAAUUUUCCGGAAAUUGUUCUGUUUUAACAUGUUCAAAUCAAAUCUGAUUAGCCUACAAUUCAUCCAAACAUGAAAUAAAAAGUCUAUGAUGUACAAAGAGAAAAAAAUUUAAUAAUAAUAAUGAUAAUAAUAAAUGUGUGAGCAGAGGUGCUGCAAUUGGAGCAUUGGAUCAUUUUCGAAAAUCUGCGUCAUAGUUGUUUUAUUUUCUAUUUUGAUAUGGUCAAGACUGCCCCCUUUUGGUCUUCAGUGGAUGCAUGACCCUGAAAAGUAGAAUGCUAUGGCACAGCCUGAUUUGAUUGAGCUUGUGUUCUGGCACAAUUCUGAGCUUAUGGAGUCUUAUGAUGUCAUGAUUUCCAGACUCCUGGAGCCAUGACCAUAAGAUAUUGAUUUAACAGCAUUUUACAGCAAAAAUGUAACAUUGCAUUAUAAAAUAUUGUAAAAUGUGACAUUAUGUUUGGGCAAGAAGAUAGAAUUCACAUACAUAAGUCAAGUUCAUAAAGGCCACUGACGUGCGGUCUGGGUAGGCAAACUAGGCACUAUCCUGCCAAAAUUCAAAAAUAAAAUGUUUAUUAAAUAAUAAACUUGUAUUUGUAACUUUUUAUUCUUGUGAUUUAUAUAUGCAAUAUGUGUGUUAUUCCAAUUGUUUAGACGUUAUGAUGACAAAUGUAGCAGUUACGCAUAAUCAACAAAAAACAAAUGGUAGAAUAAGCAGUGCUUUUACUGCUUACUGAUUCAUUGCAGUCGACAAGCGGAAAACCAAUGUUGCGCAUGCGCACUUCGAUCCUGUAUUCUUUAACAUGUACGGCAAAAAGCACAAAUCUGCUGUGCCUUUUGACGUAAAUAUGUUAUACCCGUAAUCAUCUCCGUUACGUAUCAGACAUGGACCAAUUAAAAUCGAGAUAUUCCUGGACAUUUGCGUAGCUAACGUCAUUACACCACAGCUAGCGUACAUGCCUAAUCCCCGCCAAAUUCAAAAUCAAAAUGACAGCACCGGCCGUAAUCACGGAAAUUUUUCCAAGCUCGAUUUUAAUUCCAAAUAUGAGUUAAUUGCAAGAGGGCGGUCUACGCCAGCCUUAGAUAGUACAGCAAAAGGGCCCAAAAAUUAUCCGAUCAUCAAACUGAUUGGUAUGUAAGAAAAGAUUGGCUAUGUGGCUGUGCUAACAAUCAGCGGCUGUACUGCUAUCCCUGCCUGCUUUUUUCAACCAGUCACGCUGUUUGGACUUCAGUGGGAUAUUGCCGAUGAUAUGCCGCGCUUGUGCGUAUCAUUCACUGUUUACGCGCUUGUGUGUGCGUGUGCGUGUGCGUGUGUGUGUGUGUGUGUGUGUGUGCGUGCGUGAGAGAGAGAGCGAGAGAGAGAGUACACGAUACAUCCUGAUUUGUACAUUUCUUGAUAUGCCGCGCUUGUGCGUAACGUUCACUGUUAUUACGUAUUAUAUUAGCUUAAACAAUAAAUCAGGUAAUCUGGCUUUCAUAACUCAGUGCCUAGCCUCUUAGCCAUCACCGCACGUCACUGAUAAAGGCUGGAUAGCAAAGACGAAUUACUUGACAACAACAUAUGCAAAAUAAUAAAGGAGACAACGUGGCUGGGUUAAAACAUUAAUUUUCUUAGGAUGAAACAUGAAAUGUAUGAUUAUUUCAAGUAAUUGGAUUGAUCAUAUUACAUACAAUAUUUUACUCCAGAAAUUUAAAUGCAGUAACUUUUGCAGUAAUUGUUUUGUGUCUGUUUAUUUAUUUAAUAAA